AAAGUCUUUGUGUUCUGCAGAAGAAGAAUUUUCAGUUUUGGGUGAACUAUCCCUUUAACUACUUAUAAGGUUUAAAGAGCUAAACCUCACAUGACCUCCUUGAGUCAUUUGUACACUUUGAGUUAAACUUUUGUUUCAUCUGUUUGUUUAAACGAACUGCAGUCACGUUCAUAGUAAGACAAUAAUGUCCUAAAACAAACUGUCCCGUAUUACAUACAAACUCCUCCUAGUGAGAAACAACAAUAAGAACCGUGUGCAAAAUGUGUUCCAUUCUCGUUCAGACGACCGUAAUAGCAGCCUAUCCACACGAGUGCCACGUGCGAAGAGGGGGGCAUGCAAACAGACGUUACUAGCCAAUCACGGCGCAGACGGUUUGGGCUUUGUCCCAUUUCUCGACCAAUCGGCGAGUUGGCCCUGAUCUUUUAGGUAAUGAGAGCCCAGCCUGGUAAGGCUUUUGUUCAGCACGUGUAGCAAUUCACAUGUCGUCCCUCGCUGUCAAGUGACGUAAGCGAAGAAAGGAAGAGUGCGACAAUUCUCUCAGGAUAUUAGUCCUUUCCAUCUAGACGUCGCCGGUACACAAUCUUAUUUAGCAAUAAAUUAUAUCCAACUACUUUUGGGAGUACUAACAGCACAUCAGGUCCUGUCCGUGUUGUUGAACACCAGUCCAUUUGUUGUGGUAUCGAACAUCAAGGAAUGCUGUCUGCAGGGAGCCCUUCCAAAUGGCAAGUGCAAAAUUCUCUCUCCUCCUCUCCCAGCCUUCUAUACAGUGAGAGUGACCAGACAGAGGAUGAAUCUGAGGUCUUCUCAUCUGAGGGAGAGGCUUCAAGCAGUGUGCCUGAUCCAAAGCCAUGUUUCUUGGCCGAUGGGAGCAACCAAAGUUCAAAAUCGCCUCUAACCUUUCUGAACCAACGGAGCAUGACUGUUAAGAAUGGUCAAACCUGGUGUUCCUUAACAUCUCUAGUCUACACCGGUCAGUCAUCAGAGUCAGCUCAAAGGACUCCUACAGAGGGAGACUUGAAGUUUGCACGCAAAUGUUCAGAACUGCAGCGGUAUAUCAGGCCUCUAAUGGAGCUGUUGAAUGGAUUGAAAAUGGGUCGAUAUGACAAAGGUUUGAGUACAUUCCAGCAGAGUGUUGCCAUGGAAAGACUGCGAAAGAUUCUGGGUGUUUUACAAAAACCUGAACUUGGGGAGAAGUAUAUGGGCACUCUUUUACAGCUGGAGAUUAUGUUAAAGGUUUGGUUCCCUCAUAUAAUGCCUCAGCAUCGCAAUACCACCCCUUCACUUCACAGUCCUAUCGCUAGUAUGCCACCACGCUGGAAUCAAGACCAGUUGCAUAUCCCUGUGAAGAAACGCAGAUUAAGCUGGUCGGACUCAGACUCGCAAAGUGCCCCAAGUUGCAAACGUGUUCAAGACGAGGAUCAAGGACAGAGCUUCAGUGAUACCAGCACAUGGCUCAGUAGCUCAGAAACCACAUAUAGUGAACUUGAAGAUGACAGUGCAGUCUGUACAAAUCAAAAAGAAAUGACAUCUGAACUCAUAGAAAACAGCAGUCUUCUUUUAAAGGAGAAGACGAGAAGGCCGCCUCCACUUGUAAUACCACCCUCAGCCACAGAUGGCAGCACCUUGGGCACGCAGGACUCUUCUGUGUCCUCCACAACUCCUAUUUCCAACCCACCAGCAGACUUAGGGAUGGGUGGGAAAGAUGUUGUGUGGCCCAUUGCAAAGGAUUCUGUGGACAGAGACGGGCCAAAAAACAAGUGCACACUAAAUUAUGUUCCACAGAGAUGUUAAACACAUAGCAUUAGUUUCUCUUGUCCAAAACAUUUAUUGAAGCAUUGAUAUUGGGAAUUUUUAUGCAUAAACUGAAUAAUUAAUGUCUCUAUUAGUGAUCAGACUUUCCAUUCUGCCAAACGAUAUGUACAGCACAGAAGUUAUAUGUUCAGUAUAGCACAUGUUGAAAAGUAAGAUUUGUCUGUUAAAAUAGUUCCAGAUUAUACAUUUCUAAAAGGAAUUGUUCACCCAAAAAUUUAAUUUCUGUCAUUUACUCACCUUCAUGUUGUUUUAAACUUGUUUCCAUUUCGAUGGAACACGAAAGGAGAUGUUGAGGAAUGUUAGCUUUAUUUAUUAUUCAUUUUAAUUGCAACUUUUGCCAUGACUGAAGCGGUUGCCUAAUAGAAAGAAUGUCAUAUGGGUUUGGAAUAACAUGAGGGUAAGUAAAUGAUGCCAGAAUUUACUUUUUUGGGUGGACUGUCCCUUUAAAUCUUAAAAGGCCACAAAUGUGUCUUAAAGUUUUGUGUCUACAGUCUGAGCUGUAAAGCCAGAUCUAGAAACGUGCUUGUGCAUGUAUCAAACACUCUACUGCACUGCCUUUCUUUAACAGAAGCUGCAACAAUAUCAAAUAUAUUAUGAACAGUGCUGUUACCAUAACCUAACUUGAUGUCCUUUGACUUGAAGUAAAAACGCUCUGAACACAGAAUGAAUGGGACACACACGUGUGUGUGUGUGUGUAUAUAUAUAUAUAUAUAUAUAUAUAUAUAUAUAUAUAUAUAUAUAUAUAUGAGGAUUAUAUUUUCGAGACAGUUUUAUUUAUUGGGUCAUUACUUGAAGACAGAGUUCACUUAAGCAGCCUUAAAAUGACCCUUCAGAGAGUCAGUAGAGGAUAAUUGAAUGUGGUUCAUUAUCAUCGCUCAAUGUUGUGUAAUUAUUAAGGGACUGAAAGAGUUAUCUCAGUAACAUCAAAAGUUGUGAUAAGUGGAUGUAUUGUGAAGUGUUAUAUGAUACAGAGAACGAUUAUUGAAAAUGUUCUUGCCAAAAACAGUUUGCACAUUUAUAUUGCAUUGCUAACAUGUUAUGAUGGCUAACUUUUUAUAGUUUUUAUUAUAGGAGAUUGCACAAUUUGUCCCUUUUACUCACCCUGAGGUAUUUGACCUUUUGUGAAUUUAAGCAUUGUGACCAAUGUUGCUCACUGUAAAGAUCGCACUGUAAGGAAGAAAAUACUUUUUAUUUUAUUAAGCUAUUUGUUGACUUCUGUUUUCAUAUGUAGAACAUAUUCUAACAUUAAAGAAACAGUAUUUAGUAGAGGAAGUUUCUGCACGAAUGAGAAGACUGAGACAUGUAGUGGAAGUCAUGGUGUAGCUGUAUUGAGUAUCAUAUAAGAAUAAAGGCCUACAUAUAAGAGUAUAUUGUUGGAAUCUCAUAAAAGAGAUUGUCAUAUGAGGGAAAAGUUCUUUAGAAGACGUAUCCUUAAAUUACACUUAAGAAAGCUUCACGUGAAGGUAGUAUUUUGCAGGAUAUAGUUUGCACCUUUUUUUUUUUUUUUUCUUCAGAAAAGUAAGCCAGUCUAGCUUUUAUCCUCUUAUUGUAUCAAAGUUGUUGUCAUGGUUACUGAAAUGUUUUUCAACGUGUUCUACUUUUUGAUAUUAAAUGUUUCCAAGUUUCUUAAGUUAUACAUAGACCUCUCUUUCUCUGACUGUUUGGACCUCAAAUAUAGGGUGUCAGUAUUAGUUUAUAACUUUACCAAGAGUUUAGCAAAAAAAUAAAAAUAAAUAAAUAAAUCCUAACAAGUGUAGUAAAGGUUCUUUAACACAACUUCAGUAUGAUAUAAUCAAAACAAACUUGCACCACCUAAAUCCACCACCUAUGCAUGAGCAUCCCCAGCUGAAAGUCUCUAUCAAGCCCUGUAUUUGAU